GAAAAUGAUGCGCGAAAGCAUAAUCUCAUUUCUAUCAGAAUUGACUAGGAGAGAGAGCCAUGGUUUUGGGGCUUUUGCCCAUCCAACCAAUUUUAAUGGCUUCUCUCUUUAGCCCACCUGUUGUUUCCUUUUCCCCAAUCAGACCUUCUUCGAAUCCAUCAAAAAUGGCAUCUAAUUUCAACCAUACCCUUCUGCGCAGAAGCUUUAGUAGCAGCGAUAACACUGACAUUAUUGGCGACACCAAACUCUUCUCGUCUUCUCUUUCAAUGGCUACUGGUUGCAGCUCUGAUGGUGCUGAUAAGACCUCUAGGAAGCUUCCUGUUCUGCUCUUUGACAUCAUGGAUACCCUCGUUCGUGAUCCUUUCUAUGAUGAUGUUCCCGCCUUUUUCAGAAUGCCCAUGGAGGAACUACUUGAACUCAAACAUCCAACUGUAUGGAUUGAAUUUGAGAAGGGUUUGAUUGAUGAGGCAGAGCUGGAAAAGAGAUUCUUUAAAGAUGAGCGACCAAUAGAUUUUGAAGGCCUCAAAAACUGUAUGAUAAGCGGCUAUUCUUACCUAGAAGGCAUUGAAGAAUUGCUAAUUGCACUUAAAGAGAAAAACUAUGAAAUUCAUGCGUUCACAAACUACCCUAUUUGGUACGAAAUGAUCGAGGAGAAGUUGAAAAUCUCAAAAUAUCUAUCCUGGACAUUCUGCUCUUGUAAAAACGGAAAGAGGAAGCCGGACCCUGAGUUCUACUUGGAAGCCUUGAGACAUCUCAAAGUUGAACCAGCUAGCUGUAUUUUCGUUGAUGACAGAAAGAAGAAUGUAGAAGCUGCAAAAGAAGUUGGCAUCAUUGGCCUACAUUUCAGGAGUGCAGAUUUGCUAUUUCAGGAUCUGUGCCUUCUAGGACUUGAUAUUUCACCUGAUGAACCUCGCCUAAAAUUGCCAACGACAUAAAUCCGCAGAACAUGCUUGGCGAGGUUCAUUCCCUUUUUUCCAUUUUCAAAAUGAAAAAUAAACUCAUCUUUCUUUUGAUUCAAUUGAUUUUCGUGUUGGAAUGCUGUUCUUGAUAUUGUUCCAGCUGGGGAUUCUUUUGUGGGAUUCUUUUUGUUCAUAAAGAAAAAAAGAAAUAAAACAUUAUCUGUAAUUUAUUCAAAUUAUGAGCAGAAUCAGCAGGGCUUAUAUCAAUUGGGUAUUUUUUCAUUGGGAUCUGUAUACUAGUUGGAAGAAAGGACAUGAAUGUGGAAGCAAUAUCAACAUUGUCUUUUCAGAAUA